CCCUAGUAUAGCUCCCCUUAUCUCCAACUACUCCGAUCUAAUGCAGUUAAGUUUAUACCUAGACGUGAAUCCCCCCACUCUUCGGAGCUAUAUCGCGGCAUGGCGUUCUUAAGGCUUGCACGAAACCUCUUCAUGAGAGGGGCCAUCAAUAUCAUGAGCAAGCAUCCUUCCGCUUGAAUGCUCUCCGUUAAGAAAAAUGCUCAGUAUUGGAUAAGAGAGAAAUUUGAAGAUGGGCAGUAACGAAGGACCAAUAGCCGGGAAGUCCUGGCAGGAAUUGCAGGCGGCGAAAUGGGCUGAGCGGGACUCGAGAAUACCGACGGAAUGGAAAUUGAAACCGGAAGACAUUCCGCCAGAAGAUACGGUCGACCUUCGUCCAUUCGUCAAUUCGUACGAUAUAUUGACUCCGGCCGAGCUAGCAAUUACCAGCGAGAAUUACGAUGCCACGUCUCUCGCAGCCGCCAUCGCCUCGGGCAAGUUCACAGCCGUAGAAGUCGUGACGGCAUUUUGCAAACGUGCCGCCAUAGGACAUCAGCUGUGCAACAUGCUAACGGAGAUCAUGUUUGCGGACGCAAUAGAAAGAGCCAAAGAGCUAGACAGCAUCUUCAAGAGCACGGGGAAGGUUGUCGGGCCCCUGCACGGGGUUCCGAUGACGUUCAAGGAAUGCUUCCAUUUCAAGGGGUACGACUCGACGAACGGGUACAUGUCCCGGGUCUUCCAGCCGGCCGACCGCACGUCGCCGCUGCCGGAGCUCCUGCAGGCUGCCGGGGCGGUCAUUAUCUCAAAGACGAAUGUGCCGCAGACCAUGCUCGUCGCGGAAAGCGAUAACAAUGUCUUCGGCCGCACCAAGAACCCCGUGAACUCCCGCCUCACGUGCGGCGGGAGCAGCGGCGGCGAAGGCGCGAGCCAGGCCUUCCGCUGCAGCGCGCUCGGCGUCGGCACCGACGUCGGCGGGUCGGUGCGGAUACCGGCCGCGUGCAACGGCGUCUACGCGUACAAGCCGAGCUUCGGCGUCGUCCCCAUGAUCGGGUAUUCGCUCUCCGGCUGGGCGGGCUCCAACACCGGGAUCCCGCCCGUGACCGGCCCCUUGGGCCAUUCCGUGCGCGACCUCGAGCUGUUUACCCGCGUCGUCAGGCACGCGAAGCCCUGGUCCUUCGAUCCCGCUGUCAUACCGGGCAUCGUGGAGCUUGGCGCCGCGGCGCCCCGGAAACCCGUCGUCGGCGUUCUCCACGCGUCGGGACUCACGCCGCAUCCGCCGGUCCGCCGAGCGCUGCGCGAAGCGGCGGCCUCGCUCGCGGCGGCCGGGUUCGAGACGCGGGACUUCCACCCGCCGGAUUUCCGCGGCAUCCGGGAGAUCUCGGAGCAGCUGUUCACGCUGGACGGGCUCUCGUACGCGCGGCGGGAAUUCGCGCGGUCGGGCGAGCCGGCGGUGUCCAGCGUCGAGAAGAUCGGGUUCCUGGGCCUCCCCCGCAAGACGCAGGAGGAGGGGUGGCGGUGGAACGCGAAGAAGCUGGGGGUCCAGAGGCAGAUGCUGGACGAGUGGCAGAGGGUGGGCUGCGACGUCGUGCUUGCUCCCGCGGGUCCGCAUACGGCGGUGCUGCCGGGGGAUUGGACGAGCGAUAUUUAUACUGUGGCGUGGAAUGUGGUUGAUUAUCCUGCUGUCGUCAUCCCCUUCACACACGCCGACCCGGCUCUCGACCCCGGGGACGCACAGUUCACGGCUUUGCAUGAGGCCGAUCAGAAGAACCAGGACAUGUAUGACCCGGAGUUGUUCAAAGGCGCGCCGGUGGCGUUGCAGCUGGUUGGCUCUAGAUUAGGGGAUAAACAGUUGCUCAAGGACGCUGAGCUCAUCGACAGCAUACUGAAUAGUGCUGCUUUGGCAAAGCUACAUCCAUCUCCUGUUGCUAUCCAACUACAGGAUAGUACGUUUCGUUUCUCAGACAGCAGCCUUUUCACAUUUGCUCUUAAACCAAACUAAAGGACAUGAUUAUUAACAACCCUUGGUAGUCUAGUUGGUUAUGGCGUUCGGCUGUAAUUGUAAAGAUGAUUGUUACCGAAAAGUCACCGGUUCGAUUCCGGUCCGAGGGAUCAUUUAUUUUUGUUUUUUUUUUUUUCAUGUUUUCAUCUUUUUGCUAUGUUCGUCUGUGGUCUGUUGCAGCUUGUGUUCUGCGCUUAGGCUGUAUGGAGUCAUGGACUCGGUGUUUUGCAGUUUUAGAGCUUGGUUAGUAACGAGGGCUAGGGUUAGCCUUUUGUUUUAGUCUUAGCGUAACAUAUAGCGCCGAUUCAUAGCCUCGUUUUCAGCUGUGGACUUUAUAUAAUAAUAGUCUGCUUCUGUAUAAAAGUCUUUGGCUACCUCCUUUAACCAGUCAGUUAGUGAACGCUCGCCCCGAAGCUUGCCGUUCAUCUGCAUAAUACAUAACCGGGGCCGAUUCCGACA